AUGAAAGCUAUGGAUUAUUUAAGAGAACCAUCAACCAAAGCAACUGGGAAAAGAGGUGUAGCUGAAUCACGUGCUGUCGUAUUUCGUGGUGGUGGAGGUGUUGGUCCUGGUCAAGGACCAGUAAUGGAUUUAAAAAGUGAAAUGUCCAGUGUUACAGAGGGUAUUGGAAUGGAGUUAGAAAAACGUUUCAAAGAGAUUGAUAAUCAAUUUCAACGUUUUAAUGAUGUUGAUUCACGUUUGAAUGAUGUAACACAAUUAUUAACAAAUUUAUCUGAAGUAAUCAGUAAUGUGACUGAAACACAACAACGAAUUAUUCGACAAAUAAAUGAACUUCCUACUUGUCAAUGUAAUGAAUUCACUGAUGAGGUUGUUCCUGUACAAAAAUCCACCACAACUCAAGCUGAUUCAGGAACAGCAGAAACUAGAAAACGUACAAAACUAGAAGUAGCUAUUCAAUCUGCAUUAGAAGCAGCUAAAGAUGUACUACGACCACCAACACCACCACCACCACCGCCACCACCUCCUCCACCCCCAAGGGAAUCACCUGUUCUAUUAGCUGCUGUUGUUCCUGGAUCCGAAGAUGAUUCAAGUGGUUCAGAAGAAGGUGGUGAUCCUUCAGCCGAUCCAGUCAUAGUACCUCAAGUUCCAGAUAUUAAAACUGGAAGAGUUAUCGAAAGAACAUUAGGUGAUCAUCGAUUAUGGGGAAUGGCUCCAUUUAAUUUUGAAAAAUAUCCUGGAAUGAGAAUGAAUGUACCACCGGAACGAAUGGCAUGGACUGAUACAGUCACUCUUUUAUUGGCAAAUGAAGAUUUUACUGCAGUCAAUGAAGAUGAUCGAUGUGAUGCAUAUUUUGUCCGUAUUCCAUUAUUACAUAGACAUUAUACUUACUUAUUGUCGAAUAAAUAUAAAAAGUUAUGCCUGUUAUGUGAAAAUACAAUAAAUAUAACUGAUAUCAUUCAUUAA